GAGCUCCACAAAGAGCAACAGAAGCUGGGCCAUGACGGCAUGAAGCUGGAAGACUUCUACGGCUGCUUGCUCCGCAUCCUGGGCGUCACAGAUAUCCCAAAAGGCUUGCUCCAGGAUGCUUACUUGCGCUGCCGGGCAGCCGAGGGGCCGAUCGACAAAGCGCAGUUCCUUUCUUGGUACCGCGAUCACAUCUUCUGCCUCGCACACAAGCCGACCUUCGCCGGGGACACACAGAAGAGGGCCGACGACCUGACCCUGGAGCUGGCGAAGAAGCAUCACUGCUGUUGCAUUGACAUGGACAAGGUCAAGCAUCAGUUUGACUGCUACGACUUGGACCGGUCGGGCCAGAUUGACUACAGCGAGUUCGAGAAGAUGAUGUUGAAGCUGCUCCACGUUUCAGAGAGAUCGGACUUGCCACAGAACCGAAUCCAGCGCUUCUGGUGCGAAUUGGACAAAGACAGGAAUGGCUACGUGGACUUCACGGAGUUCACGGAAUGGUACUUCAAGUACUUUGCCCUCGCGCAGGAGACUGGUCCUCUCGAGGCCUUCUACGCCUCCUUCGGGCCGACGGCGCAGCACUCGGCAGCACUCGCCCCCAUGUGCAAGACGGAGUCGGAGUCGGAGUGGAGCAAGUGCUCCGUCCUCCACCGCCUGUCGAAGUACCAGGACACUGCGGAAGACCCCUGGCCACGGUUCGCAUUCCAGCGGAGGCAGACCGUGGGAUGA